AUGGCUGAAAUAGGCCGCAACUUUAUCAGUCCUCUUCCCUGCCCGGCACAUACCAAUCGGCCCCCAGAAUCCACCCCCGAAGAACACUGGAAGCACCUCCCGCCAUAUGAGGUGCAACCUGGGGAGCCAUUCAGUCCAAUCAAGUGGCGUGGGAAAUGCCUAUGUGGAAAGAUCACCUAUCUUUUGAAGCGAGAGAAACCAGUUAAUGCCAAAUACUGUCAUUGUCGUGUGUGCCAGGUGACCCACGGAGCUCCUCUUCAGUGGGCGGCGAUUUUCCACAAGCACGAGGUGUCAUUCACCAGUGGCGCAAGCGGUCUGGUAUUUUAUUCUUCGACACAUGAAAAUCAGAAACAUAUGUUGCCUACCAAGGCGUCCUGUGCCAAUUGCCGGACACCUAUCAUGGAUGAAGGCCGGAAUAUGUGUUUGAUCUUCCCUCAAUUGAUUGAGAUCGAGGGGUCUAGUGAAGAGCAAAGAGAGAGGAGGGAGGCUUUUAAACCGAAAUGUCAUAUCUUUUACGAGUCACGCAUGCUGGACUUUCCCGAUGGUCUCCCUAAGUGGAGCGGAAUGGAGAAUUCCAGUGAUCGGAUGGACGACGAAGGUAACCGGAUUGGAACUGGGUCAUGA